AUGGCACAUUUGACUCGCGCACAGUCCAAGAGUGAAAAGUCCAGCAGCCAAGAUGAACCAGAUAUUGAUGAUAUUCGAGACAAUUUGACAGAUUCUUACGAAUCGGCGGAUCUGCAUCUUGGGGAUGAAAGUAUUGAAGAAGAUGACUCGCUCAUAAGACUCUCUGAGCAGGCCAGGAGAAGACAAUAUUUUGCACAUGGCGAUCAUUAUACUGAAAACUCCAAUACGGAUGGAAGCGAAGUCGAGAUCGAGGAAGAAGACGAAUCAAAUGAUGUAGAAGAAGACCAGGAAGAAGAUGAAGAUGUUGAGACUAUCGAUAGAGAUGAUGAUGACUUUGAUGACCAUGAAAUGGAAGGAGAGGGUGACGACAAUUUUGUUGCCAACGAUUUCCUUCGCAACCUUCUUCAAGCUCGAUUUAGAGGUCGAACUGGAGAUGACAGCAGCGAAAACCCCCGCCUUGAUUUUUUUCGGGCGAUGGAAGCAUUCACAGGUCCUGGUAGACGUCGUACAGGAAAUACGGCCACAGGCACCAACACUGAACGUGAUGUCGACGAAGGCGAACAUGAAGAAGGAGAGGAAGAAGAGGAUGAACUGCAUGACUUUGCAGAAGUUGUACUGAGACUCAUGGGCGGUGGUAUUGCAUUUGGUGGUAUGGGAAGAGAGAGUAAUGAGUUCUUAGGACUCAUAGAAAAUCUUAAUCAGCGUGACGACACUUAUGUCAUCUUGGAAACACUCAACGAACUCUCGGAGAGACUUUUGAUGAUGAAUGGUUUAACAGCAGAACGUAUGGUACCUGCCAGUAAGCUUGCUAAGAGCUUGGUAACGAUUAUGAGUGAUCCGCUUCUUGCAGAAGAGCUAGAAUUACAGCUCGUAGCAUGCCGUUGUUUGUACAACUUUUUGGAGGUUAAUCAAGAUUUCGUCCACGAAGCGUUGAAGUACGAUGCAAUUCCUGUAAUAUGCUCAAAGUUGGUGGAGAUUACUUACAUUGACCUCACGGAACAAGCCUUGCAAACUCUCGAAAUGAUAUCUCGAGAUCCCAUAGCUCACAACAAAAUUGUUUCUAGUGGAGGUAUCCAAGCAUGCCUUCAGUACUUGGAUUUUUUCACAACACAUGCCCAGAGAAAGAGUCUUACUAUUGUUUCUAACGUCUGCACUAACGUCUCGUUCAAAAACUUCAGCAACAUACAAGAUAGCUUUGAAAUCUUGACUAAUGUGAUAACGAAUCACUCUGACGCAAUAGUCAUUGAGCAUUGCUGGUUAGCAAUAUCACGCAUCAUUCUCAGCUUCAAGUUGCGACCUGAAGCAUUAGAAACAUUAUUUCUGAAGCAACCUGUACUUCUUAGACAGAUGGUUCAGAUAAUUCAACAAAGUUCAAGUAAGUCGUCCACUACUUCCACGGAUGAAAGCUCGAAAGUAUCCUUAAAGUACGGCACUUGUUUAACCUUGAUUAAGUCGCUCAUCAUUCUCGCCAGUGUUUCACUUGAGGUUUCGAAGAUUUUACUUUGCGAUUGUUCUAUUGGUCAAGUAAUUGUGAAGUCUUUGACCGAAGCCCCCAAAGCACGUCAAAUGUCAUUCUCGUCUAAUGGACGACCUACUAUAGAUACGACAUCUGAUGCUGACAUGACGAACAGCUCUCUUCCACUUGACAUGUUGAUGUCCGCUCCCAAAGAAUUACUCUCAGAGUUCUUGGACUUGAUAGGAUAUCUCACUCCCAUAUCAUACUCACUUGCAGAAUCAGCAUUCAUAUCGGACUAUACUGAGGACUUUGAUGAGAGAAAACAACUCAAUGACGCGAGAGUCUCGCUUUACUCGAACGUUAUCAAGGAUGAAGUGCUAACAUUCAUCAACCAAUUGUGGCCGCUUGUCUUGAAUGCGUUUCAGGCUGAAGUUGACUAUGAAAUAAGGAAGAAGGUCCUUAUCAUAAUUUACAGAAUUGUCUGUUUCUUAUCCGUUGAUGACAUGCGAGAUACAGUCAACCCUAAGCUGCUCGCAGUUUUGUUGGCAUCCAUCACGAACCAGAAUAAUCGACUUCUCAGCUUAAAGAAUUCCAUUGAGCCUCAAGAUACAGAAUCGUCUGCGUCUUCAUCUCCGCACAAGUCGUCCACUAACUUCAGUGCUACCGCGAAUAAUAAGAGCACCACUUCAAAUUACCAAUUGUUGCAUGCAACUUUCUUGAUAGCUAAGAGACUAGUUGAUGGCGCGGAUAUGCGAUAUUUAAAAGAAUUUGAAAGAGAGGGCAUUAUGUCAGAAACACAGUCCAUACUACUGAUCUUAAAGCAACAGACCAGCUCCUCUGAGCUGGAAGCUGUAGUAUUGUCCAAGCCAUCGAUAGCCACCGACUAUACAAACAAGUUUAUUGAUCGCGAGCUACUGAAAGAAUACAGCCCACGUCCUUUAAAGCAGGUGCUUGAGAGUGUUUUACAAACCGGAGUCGCUUUCGAGGACUCAUUCUUGAGAUCUAAGAGAGCCACUUUCAGCGAAAUCAAACAAGUGGAAAGUGGUCUUUUGUCAGACGUUAAAAGAAACAUUCAAACAUUGAAAAGUACCCCACGAUCUUCGCUUGAGGAUUGGCAUCAUCUCUGGAAGCAAGUGGAACUACUUUGUAUUGGAAGCGAAUACCAACCAUCCAUUUCAAGCUUCGAAUUAGCGUCAUCCGGCUUGAUAGAGGAAUUUAUGUGUCUUUUAAAUACAGACAACGAAUCUGAAUAUUCUGCGAAAUGUCAGGAGGCAUUUCUAAUGAUUUUUCAUGGCGCAGAUGCCGCUAUUAGAACCUUAGUCCUGAAGCUUCAAGAUUCGUUGAACAGAUCGGAAUCAUUCGAAUUGAAUACCCCUAGCGUGGCCUCGACUUACCGUACGAUAGGAUUUGGGGCAGACAAUAAGUUCACCUCUGCUAUGUCACGUCAAAUAAAACUAAAAAUAUCAGCUGUGGACGGAGAUAUCGCUAACGAGGAAGUAUUGCACCACUUGAACAACAUGGUCAUAUCUGUUCACGCGAUAGCGACCUUUCGAUCGAUCGCAAAUUUUCUUGAUCUGCGGUUUCAUUUCAUCAUGAAUAAACCGGAGUCUAUCGAUGAUGAGCAUGCUGAAGAAGAGCACCUGAAAGCAGAACAAUCACAAAAACGUAGCAUUGAGUUCAUUGUGGACAAUGAGGUCGUUCCGAUGGAGAUGACGAUAUAUGGAGCUAUCUACAUAUCCUUUCAAAAGUUUCCCGACCAAGUAAUCGAUUCGAGUAAUAUUUGGUCAACUUUGCAUAACAUACAAUUCCGAAUUGUCCAGCGUGAAAUUGAGGAGAACUCAUCUUCCAUCCUACAAAUAAUUCAUGACAAUUGCAAAGAAAGCAGCUUUGAUUGUGGUGUUACAUCGAACAUAUUGAGCACCUUGAAGUCGCUUUUUAAUAUCAAUCAACUUGCAAUGGAUUCAAAGACAUGCAAUUCAAUUCCCGUGGAGGAAUUCGUUAACUGGAAGCUCACUGCAAAGGUGAACCGUCAACUUGAGGAGCCUUUAGUUGUUGCAAGUGGAACACUUCCAGGCUGGUGCGUUCAGUCAGUCAAGAGAUUUUCCUUUCUAUUCCCUCUAGAGACCAGGUUAUUCUUCCUACAAUCGACAUCCUUUGGAUACUCACGAUUAAUCCAUCUUUGGCAAGAAAAAAUCGAGCGCAAUAUUGAAGACAAUAAUUCCAACAGCUCGGGCACUCGGCUUCAACUUGGACAUCCGUCUCGUCACAAAGUCCGAAUUUCUCGUAAGCUGAUCUUGCAUAGCGCCAUUAAAGUUCUCAACAUGUAUGGAGCAACGCCUGGUAUAUUGGAAAUUGAAUACUUUGGUGAGGUGGGUUCUGGAAUGGGCCCCACUCUUGAGUUUUAUGCUUCAGUGUCAAACGAGUUCUCAAGGAAAAAAUUGAAGAUGUGGAGGGAUGAUUCGCCAAGCGAUGCGGAGAAUGAAUACAUUACUAAUUCAGAGGGCUUGUUCCCAGCGCCCAUGAGCUCAGAGCAGCUAAACAAUGCAAACGGUCGCAAAGUUCUCUACCUAUUUGGAAUGUUAGGAAAGUUUGUCGCCCGAGCAUUAUUGGAUUCCAGAAUCGUGGACUUCAACUUCAACCCUUUUUUCUGGCAAAUGAUUCAAGCUAAAAUUGAGAGGAAAGCAAUGAAGUAUAGCGAGGCACACCUCAAGAUGGUGGACGCUAGACUUGCAAGUUCUGUUGACCAUCUCAAACAUUACCUACGCUCCAAGGGAGACUCGCAAGAGGAGAUAGCGUUUGAUGGAUGUACGAUUAGUGAUCUUUCAUUGACUUUUUCUUUACCAGGCUAUCCUGAUUACGAUUUGAUACCAAAUGGUGCCAACAUUGCAGUGGAUCAGUCCAACUUAGAAGAGUAUAUUUCGAGACUCAUUGAGGCUACCCUUCAUGAAGGCGUACAGCAUCAGCUUGAAGCUUUCAUGGAGGGAUUUUCGAGUGUGUUUCCCAUCGACGCUUUGACGGUUUUUCAACCCUACGAAAUUGUUGAACUUCUUGGUAGCGCCGAUGAAGAUUGGUCUCUUCAAACUUUGCGUGGUGCUACUAAAGCAAACCAUGGAUACACUAAAGAUUCAAAUGCGAUUGAACAGCUACUCAAUAUCAUGUCUACAUUCAGUUCUGAGGAGAGACGUGCUUUCCUACAAUUCAUCACUGGCUCUCCGAAGUUGCCUAUCGGUGGUUUCAAAGCAUUGAAACCGGAAUUUACUGUCGUCCGCAAGAUGCCUGAGGAUAAUUUUUCAAGUGAUGACUAUUUACCGAGUGUCAUGACCUGUGCUAAUUAUCUUAAGCUUCCUGAGUAUUCCUCAGAAGCUCUCAUGAAGCGCCGAUUACUUCAAGCGGUAAGCGAAGGUGCUGGUGAAUUUCACUUAUCAUAA